AUGCCUGCACGAACUGUCGUCUUCACAGCCAUCCACAAGUACGACAAUCAAGGCCAUCGCCUUCUCGAACCUGGCGAGUACAUCCAGAUGGCGGGACGGGCCGGUCGUCGAGGAUUGGACGACGUCGGCACUGUGUUGCUAUUCCCUACGACAGCUGACUUUCCCGUCCAGAGCGAUGUCAAGACCGUCUUAACGGGGGUCCCCAAGCCGCUGCGCUCCCAAUUUCGACUUACCUACAACAUGAUUCUCAACUUGCUCCGCAUCGAUGAGCUUCGUGUUGAGGAUGUGAUGGCACGCAGUUUCAGCGGGGGGGGGGGGACGGAGAAGCAGCCCAGGACUUACGGGGUUCGGUAA